AUGAGCCCCCCACCGCCGGAGAAGGGCAAGGUCCCCGUUGCCGGCGACAGGACUUCGUCCGGCGCCGAUGGCCGUCCCCGUGCCCGCGAUGAUUCAAUUGAUCCAUCAGAAUCUGACCUUAACGCAUCCGAGAAUGCGGUGGUGGAGCAUGUCGAACCUGGAUUUGUAAGAGAUGGAUCUAAUCUCCUCGAGACUCCAAAGGCGGACGCGACUCAAGAGUCUAAGCAUCAGGAAAGAGACCAAACCACGUUGCCGAAGGUCGCUGGCGGAGGUCGACUGUUGAGCGACAUGGAAGGCUCUUCAGAGGGAAGUCAAGCCAAUGAUCAAAGCCAAGAGUCAACCACGCAGGCAUCACAAGUGCAGGCACUUUCGGCUGCUGACUCUCUAUCCGAAUACAACAACCGCAAAUUGGGAGGUGAUGACGGCAGCGCAAGUUCUCAAUCCGGUGAUGAAGUAUCUCGCUCCAAGGUAGAGGCAUUGCCAUCCGCCACGGAUGACCGCUUCGAAGAUGCAGCCAAUGCCCUCGCGCUAGGAAACGACGAUGAAGUUGCGACAGCCCAGUAUGCUGCUUGGUCGGAACCCCCAGUUACGGUCAAAUCAUUACAUGCCGACGACAGCUCACACAGUGCCCAAAGUCGGGGCCACUUGAAAACAGGACAGAUGUCACCGUCAGCCAACGCCCAGGGGACAACAACCAAAGACCAGGCCUCGAAAGCCGAGAGUAAUUCUGCCAGCACUGACGACGAGGAUGCAAACGGACGCGAAGACCCAUCCAAGGCGGUCCAGAGAAUGAUGGUAGACAGGGUCAUGUCUUCCUUUAUGGAUUGGCUUGACUUGAAGUUGAAGGUGAAGGAGGAAGAUGAGAAACCGCUGAGAUUGCAAGACAUCAAACCCGAACCUGUAUCUGUUGCAAGCACUUAUCAGCCACAAGAUAUGCCUAUCCCGGAAGCAUCGCCAUCCAGGAGAGCAUCUAUCAAGCAGCUACCUGUCCCGCCGCCUCCGAAGAGGAUGAUGGCCGCUCCCCGGCCUCCACCGGCGGUGGAAGUGGCAGAACGCUCUUCACGGUCUACGCUUUUCGCUCGGAUGAAGCGAAGCAAGAAGGAAACGGCUCCGCUGGCUCCCCCUCCACCACCGGUAGUACCUCCUGCCGAUGCCUUUGGUUCCUCCCGUACAUCGACGGGAGAGGAAGCAACGAAGAAGAAGAAGAGUUUGAAGACCGGAUCAUUACUAGGAGCAUCUCCCUCGCACGGCACAGAGAAACUAGAGCAGGAGGGAAAACGGUCCAGGCUAAGAGGCUUACUGGAGAAGAGGAAAGUCAAAGAGCCCGAAGGCGUCGACCUGUACGACGUCUCACCCAUGAUCGCUCCCUCUUCACACUUGGCCCAGCGUUUUUCCCGGCGUCCGUCAUCAGAUCAGUCUGGCUAUGCACCGAACACACCUCAACGCUCCCAGUCUGGGGUACAACCUAGUCAUCUAUACGCACCGCAAGCACCGCAAGCACCACCAGCACCAACAGCACCAGCUGCCCCAGCCGCUCUUGUGCCUGUACAAGCUGCACCACCGCCACCUCCGGGCGGUAGUAGAGAACUCGAAGCCCAGGUUUCUUCCUUUGACAAAGACAAGAAUAGGAAGGCUGAACCUCCAGUUGCCGCCAUUCAGGACUGGACUGAGAGCAUGAAGGAGUGUGAGGAAGAGGAUGACGAGGAGAGUGUGGAUCUUUCACUUGAUUUUGCUGUAUUCGAUGACGUCGAGGAUUCUUUUGCCGGGGUAUCGUAUGCACUGCCAACAGAGAGAUCCGUUGCCCCUGAUUACAUGCAGCCUCCGAUGUUGCAGUCAGCAGUACCGCUUACUGUGGCAGCUCGGACAACAGCACCUCGGGGAGGUCCACAACCUGAUACUAGUCGCCAGCCACAACGAAAGAGCCGCAAAGCAGGUUCGUCGGCUGCGAAGCGCGACAGAUCGAACGACGAAAGUAAGGAGCAGGAAGGUGAAGGUAACGAGGACGAGGAUGGGAACCAGCUGCCUCGUGCCAAGCUGCCGAGGGUCCAGGAAGACAAAGUCAGCGGCGCGAAAUUGGCCUGCCCAUUCUUUAAGCACAACCCACGCAAGUAUAAGAACAUGCGUCCGUGCUGUGGUCCGGGAUGGGACCACGUCCACCGUAUUAAGGAGCACAUCUAUCGCAAACACUCGCUUCCCAAGUUCUCCUGCCCGCGCUGCUCUCAGCCAUUCGAGACACAGGCGGAUCUCCAAGCCCAUGCUCGGUCUCCUGACCCCUGUGAAGUCCGCGAACCGGAGAUUUUGGAUGGCAUCACGCAGGACCAAGAAAAGAAGCUCCGAUCAAGGAAGAAGACGACUGUGAAAGAACUCACGGAAGCGGAGAAGUGGGCACAGGUUUACAGCAUUCUGUUUCCUGACGUUCGGGAACGGGAGAUACCGUCGCCUUAUUACACCACAGAAGACGCGCAGACAACCCUCGGCGGCUACGAGGACUACCUACGCCGCGAACUCCCGCCUCUCGUUCGUCGCCAACUCGAGAAGGAAGUCGAGCGCGAACUGAGCUUCGUCGAGGAGGGAAUGAAGCAGAAGGUUAUUGAAAUUGCGAGAAACCUCCAACUCACGCUCUUCAAGGGCUACCAGCAAUUGGAAAAUCAAGAACGGGGCACUGAAGGACCGUCACCUAGCAUGGGCGACGUCUCGGGCUCGGAAUCCGGCGGCUACUCGUCUUUUGCGACGACAAAUACUUCCCCUUCGACGAUGACGACGCAGGGCACGACCCCGGAAGUACCCGACCCGCUGGAGAUAUUCAGUGAUCCUGCGAUUCCGGAUUUUGACUUUGGGUUCCUUUCGCAGGUUCCGUACCCGUCAUCUGAGGGCCAAUCCAAGGCUCUGGGAUCCGAGUUUGAAUUCAUCAACAUGUCCGGGAUCCCGGAGCAAUCCACUAUCCAGCCUGGAAUGGAGUUUUUCCCCGGGCAGCAAGUUGAGUUACCCUAUUACGGGACGGAGGGUUAUGAUGAUGGCCAGGGUAGAGCGACGAAUGUCAACGCGCUCAGUUAUGUGCCCUGA